CGAGCAUGUUCAUGGCGAAGGGACCCGACGUGAUCGUUUCAAGGCAGCCCAGCAAGCACUCGGCCUACACUUGUGCACCUGGCAAUCUUUGCACCCUCGACCUAACGAUAGGGAAGAACUUUCCUCUUUACCCCAUGUCAGUUUCUAGCUAUGCCCAGACGUUUUCGUACGAGAACAAGGCGGACGACAUGGAGGUGCUGUCGUUGCGGUACAUGAUCGCUACGGAAUCUCAGCAGAGCACGUUGCAGUCUACCAACACAGGGUACGAGCCUUACAACUUCGUUGAAAGUCACAGCGACCGUGCAGUCAUACCCUCGUUGAGCAUGCACUCUGUCAGUCCUGAAGGAGAUUACAUCACGGCCAUCGACGUUUUCUAUCAGACCAAGUUCUUUGGUUCUCGUCCCUCUAGCUUUUACCUCCCCAUCUCCUACCAGGCGAUAGACCACAGCCAGUCUCAGCCAGUCCCCAUGGGCUGGAUCUCGUCAGCCCCGGUCGAAACUUAUGACUGGGUACAAGGGAAAGAUGUGCAAGGAAGUUUGGACGUCUCGGUAAUCUUUGAGAAGCUGCACACACAAGACUACGAGACCUUCGAGUCGAACUCGGUCCCUGACUCGUUCCAGGCCAUUACCGACAUUGUUCUUGUCAACAAUACCCAGAGGCUGGACCAAUACUUCAGCCAAGGAUACAUCUUGAACAAAACAGCUUGCUGAAGGCUGACUUCACGAAGACGGGCAUCGCAGUGUUCAUUAUGUACAGGAAGGGCCAGGGCCCGCCCAUCACUGACAUCACUCCUAAUAACAUCUC